AUGGGGCUGCUGACUAUUCUGAAGAAGCUGAAGCAGGCGGAACGGGAGAUGCGUCUGCUCAUGCUGGGCCUGGAUAACGCAGGAAAAACGACAAUCCUCAAGAAGUUCAAUGGAGAAGACAUCAGCACCAUCUCCCCCACACUGGGCUUCAACAUCAAGACCUUGGAGCACCGAGGGUAUAAGCUGAACAUGUGGGAUGUGGGAGGACAGAAAUCCCUGCGUUCCUAUUGGAGGAACUACUUUGAGAGCACUGAUGGCUUAGUGUGGGUCGUGGACAGUGCUGACCGCCUCCGGAUGGACGACUGCAGAGACGAGCUGAGGGCUCUGCUGCUGGAGGAGAGAUUAGCUGGAGCCACGUUACUCGUAUUCGCCAACAAACAGGAUCUGCCCGGAGCACUGUCCAAGGAGGCCAUCAGAGAGGCUUUGGCUCUGGACGACAUUAAGAGCCAUCACUGGUGCAUUCUGGGAUGCAGUGCUGUUACUGGGGACAACCUGCUGAGCGGCGUGGACUGGCUGCUGGAUGACAUCGCAGCCCGGAUCUUCACAGCAGACUGA